GGAUGCUGUGGUUCAGAUGACAAGCAGUACCUAAUUGGUGGUUGGGCAUGGGCCUGGUGGUGUGUCUCGCAGACACAGAGGAUAUCCCUUGAGAUUAUGACGCUUCAGCCCAAGUGUGAGGAUGUAGAGACCGCAGAGGGGGUAGCUCUAACUGUCACAGGGGUCGCUCAGGUGAAAGUGAUGACUGACAAAGAGCUGCUCGCAGUGGCGUGUGAACAGUUCCUGGGGAAAAGUGUCAUGGAAACCAAAAGUGUGGUGCUGCAGACCCUGGAAGGGCAUCUCCGAGCUAUCUUAGGAACACUGACCGUUGAAGCCAUUUAUCAGGACCGGGAUCAGUUUGCUCAGCUGGUACGUGAGGUGGCAUCCCCCGACGUGGGCCGAAUGGGCAUCGAGAUCCUCAGCUUCACCAUCAAGGAUGUUUACGAUAAGGUGGAGUACCUGAGCUCGCUGGGCAAGUCUCAGACGGCAGUGGUGCAGAGAGAUGCGGAGAUCGGCGUGGCAGAGGCCGAGAGGGAUGCAGGAAUUCGGGAAUCUGAAUGUAAGAAGGAAGCCAUGGAUAUUAAAUACAGGGCUGACACCAUGAUGGCUGACUCAAAGAGAGCGUUUGAGAUGCAAAAAGCUUCCUUCACCCAAGAAGUAAACACCAAGAAAGCCGAGUCUCAGUUGGCUUACGAGCUACAGGGAGCCAAGGAGCAGCAGAAAAUCCGUCAGGAGGAGGUGGAGAUCGAGGUGGUUCAGCGUAAGAAGCAGAUUGACAUUGAGGCCAAGGAGAUCAUUCGUACUGACAAGGAGCUGAUAGCAACAGUGAGGAGGCCAGCAGAGGCUGAAGCCUUCAGGAUGCAACAAAUUGCAGAAGGACAAAAAGUCAAGCAGGUGCUGAUCGCCCAGGCUGAGGCUGAAAAGAUCCGCAAGAUCGGUGCGGCCGAAGCCUCUUCCAUCGAAGCUAUCGGCAAGGCUGAGGCGGAGAAAAUGAGACUGAAGGCGGCAGCGUACGAACAGUAUGGCAGCGCGGCCAAGACGGCCCUCGUGUUGGACGCUCUUCCAAAGAUUGCCGCUGAGAUCGCCGCUCCGCUGGCAAAGACGGACGAGAUCGUUAUCCUGGGCGGAGACAGCAACCGCAUCACGUCGGAGGUCACUCGCUUGCUAGCGGAGAUGCCUGCCUCCGUCCACGCUCUCACCGGAGUCGAUCUGUCAAAGAUUCCUCUGAUCCAAAAACUAGCCAACGCCCAGGCCUGAUUGCCACAAAAGCUACAACAACUUCAGGAUGUUACACCAUAGAAAGCACUAUUACACAGACAUCAGCCUCGGAACACUUGUAUAAGGAACUUUUUCUACAAACAACUUGUGUGGGAUUUUUAAUUUUAAUUUUUUAAUUUUUGGAAUUUUUUUUGAAAAAAAAAACCUCUGGUGCCUUAAUUUAAUCUGGAUCAGAAUUCAGCACGUCACGAGCAUUCUUUUUGUUUUUUUUUGUUUUUAUUUUUAUUUUUGUUUAAAAAGAAACACAAAUUCCAAGCGGUUAGUGACGAACGGCCUUUUUCUGUCCUCCCGCUGUCGACAGUCAUUCCUUCGCUUAAGUUGCGACGGGUUCCAGUGUUCACGUUGCUGUGAGGUUUGGGGGCUCCCUGGAAACGAUGGCACUGUGGGCAAAUUAUGGAAGGUUAUUCCUGUAGUGACCGCUAUCACAUGUGCUCUUAUUGUGUGUAGGGUUGGUCUGAACCAACAACACUGUUAAGAAUGAGAAGUGCCAUUUCCCCCCUCUUCUGUUUUUGGAGUUUACCCCAAAUCAAAUUG